CAAUGAUAGGAGGGACAAGAAGCGUUCUGAUCCGUGUUUGCAUUGAUCGGAAUAUUAGCGGGAGAUGUUCAGUUAUAGAAUCAGUUACAACCUCUAGUGUAAAGGACAUAUUAAUUUGACCAUGGCUAUGGUUGAAAAGUAUGAUUUACUUUUUUCCCUUGGAAAAUUUAACCAGUGCAAUCACCUGAUAGAAAAGAAUACCACAAAGGAAGAUAAUAUCCAGAAUCAAUGGAUAGUUUCCUGUAAUUUGAUAUCAUCACAAUUCAUGUCAACUUACCUAAAGAAUGACAACAUCAACAAUGUGAAAACCAAACAGUGUCAACAGUAUAUUAAAGAACUACAAAUUCUUAUCAGCCAGAUCAAAAGUGCACCAUUGAACAUGUCACAGUUACAGCUUGAGUUAUCCGUUCUUUAUAAUCUGUGUUUUAUAAGAAUACAAACAGAGAAUGUAGGUUUCCUGUAUGAUGAUCAAUUUCUACAAAUUAUCAAAGAAACAUUGAUACGUGUUAUUGGACAACAAGACUGGAGACAUUGUAAUGUACAUCAAGAUACAACAGAGUUACUGUUCCUGGCUUUACAGCAAGUACAUGACGACAGAAUUUUGUCACCAUUAGUAAGUCUUUGUUGUUUAUGGACAGUGAUAAACUGCAGACAGACCAAGACAGACAGUGUGAUGCAGUUAGUUGAUAAAUGUUUGUCUCUACAUGGUUUAAAGAACUUAGAGUUACCUCCCAUAACCCUCCUUCCUCUGUCACUAAUACUGACAGGACAACACUAUUUUGACACACCAUCAGUGACUGACAUAGUCUACAUGACAGCUGGCAUGGCUUACUUCAGAAGGGAUGACCAGAAAGCUAAGGAGUAUCUAAAUCAAGUCGAAUUACCAGAGUUCAAAGGAUAUACAGCAUAUCUUAUAGCAUGCCAGGAUUACUACAGUGAGAAUUAUGUAGAAGUAUUAACCACUCUGGCCAUUGACCACACUGAUAUGACCAGUAGAUUGAAGGCUCUGCAUUGUCAUUUGUUUGGUUUAGCAUUGUCUAAGUUGGAGAAGCACCAGUGUGCAAUACAGAAGUUCAGGGAGGCAUUAGAACAUGAUUUCUCUUUCCUACUACCACUGUAUAACAUAUCUCUAGAAUACAGAUCCCUAGGGAUGACACUGGCUGAGUUAGAAUCUCUUAAUCUGUUGUCAACAGCACUACAGAAUGCUGAUAUUAAACCAACAGAUUACAGUCAGGACAUGUUUACACAGAUAACGCAUGAGACAAAUGGAGAAGUAACAUUGUGUCAAGUCCUGUAUACACUAGCAUGUAGAUGUUCACAGCUAAAUAUGUACGAAGAUGCUUCCCAAAGAUAUCUGGAUUUGCUUGUGUACUUAAAUGACACCAGUACUAUACAAAUUUCUGGAAAUAGUUUGGUUACAGUUCCCAGGAUUCAAAGCAUUCAUCUUGAAGCUAUUCAUUGUCUCCAUGAGGCUAAAAAUUAUAAUGACUGUGUAGCAGUUUGUGAUCAAGUACUGAGUUGUCUCCCCUCUGGAUCCCAGAACUCAUCAUUCAGCUUCCAUAACCAAUCAGAAAAUGAUCAGAUGUCAUGUGACACAAGUUUAACUGGAAUUGUUAAUAUCAGUGACAUAGAACCUGAUACACUUGAGAGUGCUAGUUUGCAAGAAGGCAGCAAGAGAAAAAGACUAAAUUCUGAAGAAUCAAAAACAAGAGAAACAGGGUGGGACAGUGAUGUUUUAGUUCUUUUAUACAAAGCUGAUUGUUUUGUGUUUCUAGAAAAAAUUGAAACAGCUUUGCAGUGCUUAGACAAGUGUAUUGAUAAGAUUCCAUUCAGUGUUGAUUUACAAAAAGGAACCAGAGCUCAACAACAAAUUAAACGCCGAAGGUUAGAUUCUUGUGGCGAUGAUAGUUCACAACUCAAGGGGACAGAAUCUGUCAAUGACCUUCAGAAAUUAGCAUCCCCUGUAUAUUGUCAUUUAGGGGUUGCUGUGGCAACCAGAGGUCAAAAUAAAGAUGCCUUACAUUUUCUCAGGAUUGGACUACGUCUUGAUCCAGGAAAUUUAGAUGCCCUGUAUAACCAUGCAGUAGUGUUGUGGUCAGACAACAAAAGACAAGCUUCUGUUGACUGGUGUCAAGGUCGUGACAUUGAGACAGCUUCAGACAGUUUUCAUUUGUCAGGCUUACUCCGACAGAAACAAAACAAGUUGAGAUCAUUAACAGGAAAAGAUUCUUUCCACGAAAAAGAAGUGACUCUGUGCAACACUAUCACUGAUGAACAUAUCAUUAAAUUGGAUGUGCUGUGUUUGAACUAUUUAUUGUCUGGUCAUAAAUGACAACAUACAACAAUGUACAUGGAUUCAACAAAAAUAGUGAUAAGACAACAAAAACUGAUGAUGAGACAACAAAAUUUGAGAAUAAGACAAUUGAUGAUGAGACAACAUAUACUGAUGAUGUGAAAACCACAAACUGAUGAUCACACAACAUUAACUGCACAAACUGAUGAUGUGAAAACAAAAAAUUAUUAUUAAUAGACAAAAAAUAUUAAUAAAUGAAACCAAAAAUA